CUCUGUUCGGAUAGCAUGCAAAACAAAACUUUCGCUUUACCUGAGACACAAUAUAAACUUCUUGCGUAUGGCGAGCACAGCCUAAAGUUGUAGAACAACUUGUUCUAUUUGAUCUUAUUUGAUUGAUUGCAUUUGUCGAAACAGGGCGGACCACAUGAAGGUUGCAAUCUCCCACCCCCACGAUAAUAAACCAACCCUGUGUUUUUCUAUUCAGCAGCGCUCUGAUGGCAAAGGUGUGAAGAGAAGUUUUGUGAUGGAUUUGAAGUGGCCUCAUCUGGGAAUGAUGUUCUUUAUAAUUGUGUCCAUCGCCAUGACCUGCUGCUUUGUGUGGCAAUACCAACUGCCGAAGCAAGCCACUAAUAUUUCAUCUAAUGAGGUGAAGCCAGUCCAAAUGUGUCCCAGACAUCCCAAACCUGUCCACUUGGUGCAUCCCAUUCCCAUUCUGACAGAAGCUUUGCAAAAGAUCGAAUUCCUUUUACGCCACCAAAUCCAUCCAAUGAGCCUGCCGUCGAUUUCCGCAAUUGUCGUCUACAAUGACACCGUGCUGUGGACUGGGAAUUUUGGAAAAAGAAAUAUCUCCGAUGAUUAUUCACAUCCACCAAACGAAUAUACUGCCUACAGGAUUGCAAGCAUUUCCAAGAUAUUCCCGACGAUCAUGCUGUAUAAACUAUGGGAGCAAGGGAAAGUUGCAUCUUUGGACGACCCACUCACAAAAUACUUGGAAAACUUCACUGUUAAAAACCCACUGGGCAGCUCGGAACAGAAAUCCGAAGCAGAAGGGCUGGUGUUUCUAGAGAGAAGGGGGGCUGCUACCAAAACAGCGUCCGUGACAUUGAAAAGAAUGGCGAGUCAACUAUCAGGUUUACCCAGACGACUGCGGUCGACAAGUCUGCUGUGGGACGGAAGCACGGACAUGGCCCUGAAACUCCUCCAGGAUGAUUUACUCAUUGCAGACCCCGGCACAAGAUGCCAUUACAGUAAUCUGGCCUUCUCCCUGCUGGCCCAUGUACUGGCCAACACUGUGGCCGGGUUAGACUUCCAGCAGUGGGUGACGGAGAAUAUCUUGGCCAAGAUAGGCAUGGAGCAGACGGGGUUUGAGUUCACCGCAUCGGUGCGUGCCCGGCUGUCGGUCGGCGUCUACAGCAGCGGUAAACCGGCUCAACUCUACGACCUGGGCUGGUACCGGCCCUCGGGCCAGAUGUACUCCACCGCCGCCGACCUGGCCAAGCUGUGCAUGGUGCUGCUGGGGGCCGCCCGCAACAAGGACAUCCUGCAGCCCGAGACCCUGAAGGUGAUGCUGACCCCGCUGCUCCGCUGCUCCGAGGAUUACUUCGCCAGCAAGACGGGGACCCCGUGGGAGAUCACGGAGCAGAUGGGCUACGACGUGAUGAAGAAGGACGGUGACCUGGACGGCUACUCAGCCACCUUCUCCCUCGUCCCUCACCUCAAGGUGGGCUUUGUCGUCUUAAUGGCGGGGUCUCGCCCCCGGGAGGUGGACCUGACCACAGCCGUUUACAAUCACCUCAUCCCAGCCAUGGAGUCUGCCUUCCGACAGGGCCACAGGUUACUACAUCCACCCCCAUCCUCCCUGCCCUACCUCGGUUACUACACCUUCUCCAACUUGACCUUCUACCAAAUAACGAAAGAAAAGAGUGGAGUGUUGGUCAUGCAACAGUUUGGCCCGCACAUCGAGACUCUGAUACCCGAGAUGUAUAGGACUAUCAAGCUGUGCUAUCUACAGGAGAGGGUCUUUCAGAUUGUAUUUGAGAAAGAAUACCCCUGUGUCCUGAAGUUCAACGCUGCCUCUGUGUCACUGGAAGCUCAAGAUGGGCAACUGUUUAACUUUUUCCCCUUCGACAGUGAAGGCCUGUCCACUGGAUUCGACGCUCCGGGUCUGAACACGUACAAUAUCCUCCGAAUCAGCCGCAGGCCGAGGUUCUGAGAGAUUUCAGCACAGUUGUAGAACAACAGGCACUUUGGGAAAAGUAUAGUCACCUUAUUUACAGAAUGAACAGCCGCCAACUCGAGACACAGUGUCAAACUUGUGUGGGAAGGAACUGCAGACACUGGUUUUAACUGGAGAUAGACACAACAAGUUGGGGUAACUCAGCGGGUCAGAAAAACUUAUCUCUGGGGGAAAUAAGGAAUAGGUAACUUUUCAGGUCGAGACCCUUCUUCAGAAGAGUCUUCCCUUCCUGAAACAUCAUCCAUUCCUUUUCUACAGUAUCAGUCUUUUUCAUUAUCAUUGCUCUG